AUGAUGGUUGGUGAAAGAAGAUGAUGUCUCGUGCGUUGAUUUCGGACGGGUUCCUGUCCCUUCACGCAUCAUCAGAUCAAAAUAAAUAAUGGUGUGCACAGCAUCUCUCUCUUUGGCUCUCGGGACGAACAAAAAUACCUUUUUUUUUUUAGUAAGAGCGUAAUGCAAACGCGUGACUCAAAAAAAAAAAGAAAGCAAAUCAGCGAGAAAAGACAAAAAGAUCUGCCCUUCCCCUUGUAUGUAUCAUAGAAAGAAGGACGUUGCCUACCAUAGAUUCACAAUCGACACUACAGAUGAGAGUGGAGAUGAGUUUCUACGACAGCAAUCCUAUCAUGAUAAAAAAGACAAAUUCAUUGAAUUAGCGCAAGCUGCACUUGAAGAAGUUGAAAUGGAAGAAGAACAAAAAGGCGUCUUACAGGAACUUUUGGAAACCUUUUUACAACAAACAGGUGCACCUACUGCUUUGGAUACUCUCUUUGAACAAUUCCAUAGCCAAGAUGUCAUUGAACGUUUAGCUGAGAAUCUCUUUGAACAAGAAAGACGGAACAGACGUAAAAGCUCCCUUUUACGCAACAGUGAUACGCUGCUAACUCCACCCACAACACCUACAUCCGAGAAAGAUGAUCAGCAGUUCAUCACAUCCACUUCAACUGUAUUACCGAUGCUCACACCAUCUACAACACCCACAACUGAGGAAAGGACAGCAUUUACAGAAGAAGAAGCACAUCAAGAACUCUUACAGUCGUCUAAUCAUUGUCCAUCAGUUGAAUGCAUUGAUGAAUCAAUAAAUAUAAACACAUAUGCACCCAACGCACUCAUGACUUCGUCUUUAAAAGAACCCAUCUCUUUCAGCACAUACGAAAAAGAAGUAGAAGAACAAACAUCCACCUCACUCUUGUUAAAUACCUCCACCACAUCCAUGCUGAUUUCUGAAUUUGUUUGGAGAAUAUUCCGCUUCCUCAUCUUAUCCAGUCUGGUCUGCCUAGUGUAUCAUUUCAUGUGUGCCAACCGGCUUGUUACAGCACUGCUAUAAAACUACCAUUCGCAUUUUUUUUUCUACUUAUUUAUAUUAACAAAAAGAAAAGAAAUACCCACAUUUAACAAAACACACACACACACAAACAUAUGCACACAUUCAUACAAACAUAUAUUUACGCAUAUAAUUAGUCACAACGCGUAUUACAUUUACUACUAUUUAUUUUUGUAAGAUAUUCAAUUCUUUGAUUAAAUUCAUUGUCAACUGCUCAU